AUGGUCGCCAUAAUUCCCAUUACAUCCCUUGUGCCGGCCACAGCACCACCAAAGGACUGCUCAAUUCGAGCCGUGAUAACACUGUCCUGGCCAUAUUCCACAUCCACCAAGCAGUGUGCAUUACUCCUCGCAGAUCCUGACUUUCGUCUUCGGAAUCACAGAGGCCAAGUGCGCGUCCUCUUCACCGGACCUGCCGCAGAAGCAAUCGCGAAGAGCAGGAUAGGCAUAGGCGAUGAGGUACUUCUUGAGCUUGACGGUGCUGUAUGGCGAGAAGAUCCUGUAGGCCUUGUGUCUACGCCGGGCCGGAGUGUAGAGGGCGAACUCGUCUACCGCGGAUCGCUCGGGCUCAAAGUGGUUGGUCAAGACCGUGAUGCAGAUAUACGAGUACGGCAGGAUAGCAAUGAAAGCACCAGAGGACAUGCUCGGGUGCCCAUCACGCCAGCCAAGUACGGGCAAAUCGACCGACUUCGAGACGGUGAGGACGAUCCGCUCAAGGUCAGUUCCAUUCCAAUGCACGCGUCUCCAGCAUUCGUGAGACGUCUUCGACUAUCAGGCGAAGCAUCUUCGAGCCCUGUCCUCGAUCCCUUCGCCGAGGACGAUCUAGAUACGCCAUACAUUCCUCGGAAGAGGCGAAAGAUCGAGUGGCGGUAUACCGAGCGCUCGCUUUCGCCUCCCCAACAACAUCAAAGAAGCUCACCUCGCGCAGACCAUAGUCUUCGAUCUAUACUCUCGUCUCCUCCAAUCCCCACAAUUGCCACACCUAUGCAAACAGGAAGUACAUCCGUGCAGGAUGGAUCAAAUAGACAAUCUGAUGCUAUAUUGUCCACGAGCCCACGAGCCAUUAUUUUGAAUGAUGUCGUCUCCGAGUUACCGACCGAGAUGCAGUCACACCAUCAUCUCGAGCUUGAGUCUGAACUUGUAACUCAGACAAAUGAGUGUGAAACUCCAAAUGCUUCGUAUGUCGGCGAGUUGGAGCUUCAAAGUCCUAUCUCACAGGGCGCACCUUUCAAUAAAACAUCAGCCCUGCCUGAAUCCCAUCCGGACAAACCCUCCCAGUCUGUUCUUCGCCAGGACAGGUUGACAAACAGGCCGGUGUACGAUGCAGCUAGCUUAGAAGAUGGUCAGCCAUCUCCAAUCGACCCGUCGACUAGUAUGAUGGUCGAUGCAGGUCCAGAGAAUUUUGACGCUGUGAAACAAAAUCUUCGGCAUUUGGAAACGAGGACCAGAAUCGAUGCCGUCAACUUCGUGCAAAACGAUCAUGCCAGCGUGGCUUUGAACAGCUAUGAUGGCAUUUUCGAACGCAGUAGAUCUCCAAGCAUUUCUGUCGCAAAUUACGAAAGUCCGCACAGGAAGUCACCAACGCAGAUCCGCACAUCUGCUGGGCAUGACCCAGACGACGACGUUGUUAAGAGCUCCAUGGUCCGAACUCAGGUAAUCCCAUCAGGGAACACUGGAUCUUCUUACAGAGCACAUCGCUCGGUGGAACAAAGCAGUGUCGCUUCUACUUCAGGACUUGAUCGAGAAAAGCAAGUGCAUAUCGAUCUAUCUGACGACGGUCAUUCUGAUGAUGUUGACGACGACGCAGAUGCGGAUAAAUUGGUCGACUGGACACAAGGCGAAGAGGAAGGACUUCAGGCCAUCGUGCUAAUGACGGAUCCUGCGGAUGAGCUUACCACGCCGUUGCGUCCAAGUAGUCACGACGCAAUCGACCUUGCAUCAUCGAUUGUCCCACAGUCUGGUUCUUCGACCCGCUCAAGUCGGGAGAAGGUGAUGGAUCAAACGUAUCGAAGCCUCUUUGGUUUCGACGGCGCACAGUCUGUGAACUAUGCGUUGGAUACAGAUCAUGACGACCGGGCAUCAUCUAUCGCGAGCUCGUCUACGGCACAGAAUCAGGUGGAUGCUGGUGCAGAGAAGUCUUCUGGUGAUGAGACGCCCGAUCCCGUGAUUGGCGAAGGUACAUUUCAGCAUCAGUGGAGAGACACAGACAUCCCGUCCACAGCUACAGCGCAUUCCACUCAGGAUUUUUUCAUGUCCACUCAAAGCUCAACCAUGUUCGGUGCGGAUGUCGAUCAUACAGCCUCUACAAUCAAAGGAGAAUUGACGGGCUCUCAAUAUGUGAAAAACAGACACCGCGAACAGCACGGUGACUUUCAUGAUGUCGAAUCGAUGAAUCUGGAUAACCACGGCUCAUUUACAGCAGAGCGAAACUACACCUCCUUUUCAGGCGAUGCUGAAACAGGUCAUAGCCUAGACAUGGAGCGCCUUCGACCCCAGAUACCUGUGGAGCUUCUACACCCACCCACCACUGAGAUUGCUUCGAGCCACGUCUCUGUUGAUAUUCUCUCAGGUCUAAAGAGUCAGGCGGUCAUGCUGCAGCAAACUGAGGCAACGCAGCUUGAAGACCAUCGGGACAAAGAGAAUGCCACAUCGGGGCAUUCACUGGAGGAAAGUUUUAUAGAUGACAAUAUCGAGAUCGAUUCUUUCGAAGCAUCACUCACGGGUGUCACCAACACAACUCAGUACAACAGCUUAUCUCAACAUCUGCUCCCACCUAGCAAGGCUAUAGCUGGACCGCCUACUAUUACAGUCAUAGACGACGAAGAACUUGAUGGUGUCGCUGGCGAGUCAGAAGCAGACCGCGCAGUCGUCAGCGCCGAUCUGUCGAAAGCAAUCACUCAAACAGAAAUUCAGGCUGUCGCCCCGCUUCGCGAGUCCCAAGCGAACGUGGAGCAGGGGAAUCGAGGUUCGGAAGCUUUUCACGCCGUUGGUAUUGCGGACAACCAUGGAUCUGAACCAAGCAACGAAAUUGAUGACAUGGUAGAGUCGGUAGCUGUUCAGACACAAGACUACAAUGUUGGACAAGGAGCGCAAGAUCACCCCUCGAAUUCACUUUCAACUAUACCAUCUGUGCAUGCAAGUCCCCUUCUGCGGGACGAGUCCAUCGACGGAGUUCCCAUUAUUCAGGACAGCCAAGCCUCCCUUACGGCGUCGGCGACUGCUGAGCCCACAAUGACCGCAACAAAAGGCCCUCAAGUCCCGGUAGUGCGGUUAUUUGGGAAUCAUGGCAGAACCCUUGCAGAUGAAGAACAAAGUAACGGUGACCUGGGGUCCGUCGGCUCUAUCACUCCAAGAGAACCCAGCAUUCCAACAUCCAUGCAUGAGACAACGGUAGGGGCGCUCACAACUCAACGACAGCCAGGCAUCGCAACUGCGUCGCGUGGUCAUGUGUCCGGAGAAGCCACAGUGACUCCUGCCAAGUCGUCAAGACGAUCUGAAAUGGAGCAUGCAACCCACAAUCAGAUGACAGCCACCGGCGUGAAGUCGAGCGCGAGGAAAUCGAUGCCUGCACGGCUUGGGCAUGUACCAGACGCGAUCUCAUCUUGGUUCAGUCCGCGGCGCUCGACUCGUCUGCGAGAGGUCGAGAAAGAGCAGCCUCAGCUUGUGGUCGAAGCCGAGGGCGAACGCGGCCGGGAGGACAGUCAGCCUAGAUGGGCAGCAAUGGGUAUCGCCACAAGCUACAGCUACUUCGUGUCACUUUCACAGCUUGAACGGAGAUUGAACAAUCCUGGUCAAUCACAUCACAAAAGCACCGUCGACAUACUUGCCGUCGUCUCGGAAGACGGCAAAAAGGCCGAGAGGGCCAAGAGCGGACCUAGAGACUUCUUCACUGUUCUCAGCGUCACGGAUCCCAGUAUUGAAGCUCCAGCCAAUACCGUUAUUGUUGAGGUUUUCCGGCCCUGGCAUUCUCAGCUUCCGAUUGCACAUGCUGGCGACGUUGUCCUACUUCGUGACUUUGCCGUGAAGUCCCGCGCCCGGCAGCCCUACCUCUUGUCUACAGAUGCGUCCGCCUGGUGCGUUUGGCGCUACGUGAUGAACGAGAGCGAUGCAGUCUACGAUAAGAGCCGUUUAAAUUCGGUGCCUCACACGCGAGCCAGUGGUCUGGAUGAUGCCCGGGAAGAGAUGAAAGGCCCGCCAGUGGAGUUAGGGGAGGAGGAGCGCGUGCGCGCGGGAGAGCUCCAUGGUUGGUGGCAGGGGCUGCAGGAGUCUGCUCAUUCUCCGUCCAAGUAA